ACAAAUACUAUAAAAUACUUCCCGACACAAAUUUGGCUUGGCAACAUUCUCAACUCUAGUUUAACUUGGACAACCCACAAGGAAUCCGAGAUAAUCUAGCAACAAGGAGAUCUUGUAAUAACAGCUAGUCAAGGAUUAAAAAUCUCAUCUUCAUUCUCUUUUCUUCAUUUUCCUGAUCCUUGCCCAUUGUUUUCAACAUUUAAAAUCUGCACAGUACAUUCCCAGAGAGAGAGAGAGAGAGAGAGAGGUGGGGAGAGAGAUGUCUUCAUCAGUUCCAAAUCAACCUGGAGAGAAUAUAAAGAAUCCAACGCCUCCAAAGCCCAACUGGGUUCUUCCUUACAAGACCCAAAGUCUUCAAAAGCUGUAUACUAUUGGCAAGAAAUUAGGGCAGGGUCAAUUUGGGACAACCCAUCUUUGUACUGAGAAAUCUACAGGUACCCUAUAUGCUUGCAAGACUAUUCCUAAGAAAAAACUUAUCUGUAAAGAAGAUUAUGAAGAUGUCUGGAGAGAGAUUCAAAUAAUGCACCAUUUAUCUGAGCAUCCAAACGUGGUCUUAAUUAAGGAAACUUGUGAAGACCCACUUUUUGUUCACAUAGUUAUGGAGUUGUGUGCUGGUGGGGAGCUUUUUGAUAGGAUUGUGAUGAAGGGUCAGUAUAGUGAGAGGGAAGCUGCUAAGCUUUUGAAAACUAUUGUGGGUGUUGUUGAAGCUUGUCAUUCUUUGGGAGUUAUGCAUAGAGAUUUGAAGCCUGAGAAUUUCUUGUUUUUAAGUGAUGAUGAGGAUGCUGCACUCAAAACUACUGAUUUUGGCUUGUCUGUCUUCUACAAGCCAGGCGAAACAUUUUGUGAUGUGGUUGGGAGUCCUUACUAUGUUGCCCCAGAAGUUCUACAAAAGCAUUAUGGACCAGAAUCUGACGUAUGGAGUGCAGGCGUUAUAUUGUACAUCUUACUGAGUGGUGUCCCCCCUUUUUGGGCAGAAACUGAGAUGGGAAUCUUUAGACAGAUAUUACAAGCAAAAUUGGAUUUCGAAUCUGAACCGUGGCCCAGCAUUUCUGAUAGUGCCAAAGAUUUGAUACGAAAAAUGCUUGACAGAAAUCCGAAGAAGAGGCUAAGUGCACACGAAGUAUUGUGCCACCCUUGGAUUGUUGAUGAUAGGAUUGCCCCAGAUAAACCUCUCGAUUCAGCAGUGCUCUCACGCUUGAAACAGUUCUCUGCAAUGAACAAGCUUAAAAAAAUGGCUUUGCGAGUCAUUGCUGAAAAACUCUCAGAAGAAGAAAUUGGUGGGCUGAAGGAAUUGUUUAAGAUGAUAGACACUGACGACAGCGGGACUAUCACUUUCGAUGAACUGAAAGAAGGCUUAAGAAGAGUUGGUUCUGAACUCAUGGAGUCCGAGAUCAAAGAUCUUAUGGAUGCAGCAGAUAUUGACAACAGUGGAACAAUAGACUAUGGUGAAUUUAUUGCUGCUACAGUGCACCUUAAUAAGUUGGAGAGAGAGGAAAAUUUAGUGUCUGCAUUCUCAUUUUUUGACAAAGAUGGCAGUGGUUACAUAACCAUUGAUGAGCUUCAACAAGCCUGCAAAGACUUUGGUUUAGGUGAAGCUCACCUUGAUGAAAUGAUCAAAGAAAUUGACCAAGAUGAUGAUGGGCAGAUAGAUUAUGGGGAAUUCGCUGCAAUGAUGAGAAAAGGGAACGGAGGAGUCGGGAGGAGAACUAUGAGGGGGAAUUUCAACCUGGGUGAAGCACUAGGAGUAACAGCACCAAGUGACAAGUGUGGGUGACAAUCUUAUUCUCACGGACUCUAGUCCCUCCUGAUUUUAUAGACUCAGUGCAAACCUUUCUUAUGCUGCUGCACUAUGACUGCAUUUCUGGAUAUUAAUAACAUUAGUAGUUGGUCUGGUAGUACUUAACAAGUGUACUUCAUUUCAAUGACAUGUAAAACAAUACACAUAGGGCAACAACAAUCCUUUUUCUCUUAAAAUUUUGUUUUUCUUUCUC